AUGGCCCUGCGCUACCCCAUGGCCGCGGGCCUUAACAAGGGCCACAAGGUGACGAAGAAUGUCAGCAAGCUGGCACAUAGCCAGUGCCACAGGCACCUCACCAAGCACACCAAGUGGGACAUGAUCCGGGAUGUGUGUGGCUUCGUACCCCAUGAGCUGCCCACCAUGGAGCUGCUGAAGGUGUCCAAGAACAAGCCCGUGCUCAAAUUCAUCAAGAAGAGGGUGGGCACACACAUCUGCACCAAGAGGAAGCAGGAGGAGCUGAGUAACGUGCUGGCCGCCAUGAGGAAGGCGGUGGCCAAGAAGGACGGAUGCCUCCCACCAUUAAAUGUUGCUACCGUGAAAAAAAAAUAG